AUGACGUGUCGAUGGAUCGGGGGUUACAAGGAGAGGUGGAGGAACUCGAAUAUGGUGUUAAUGGUGAAAGAGGAGGCGGUGGGGAUGAGAGGAGGUGGAGCUCCUCGAUGCCACACUAUGGUGGUGAGGUGCCCGGAGUAUAAUGAGAAUGGCCGGUCAUUUCUGCGGAAACUCCACCCAGACACCCACACCUCUGACAGCAACUGCAUUCCCAACUUCAUAGACGCCAUGGAAUCCAUCUCCAAGAGUGUCAACAAGAAAACAUGGGGACAAUUUAGCACUACCACCUCACCAGCUCCAACAGUUUAUUCCUUUGCGCAAUUCCAUUCCGAUCUGUCCCAAAAGGACUGCUCUACUUGUUUCUCAGUUCUGAGAACCAAACUCCCCAAAUGCCUCCCUUCAACCUCAGCUCGCAUCUACCUCGACGGCUGCUUCCUCGCUUACGACAACCAUGACUUUUUGCGAGUCCUCGCCGAAGAUCACAAGAUUGUAAAAUGUGGGAGUUCGUUUAAUGUUUCGAAAGAUAACGAGGAGAGGUUUAACCACAAGGUGAUAAAUGUGAUUGGUAACGUGACGGUGAAGGCACAAGAGAAUGAAGGGUUUGCUGUGGUGGAGCAGAAAGGUGGAGUCGAAAGUGUUUAUGCAUUAGCUCAGUGAUGGAGUCUCAGGGCAUGCUUGCCUGGGAAGCAAGGUAGGGCUAUGCUGGCAGGGUGUUAUAUGAGGUACUCUACCGAGAAGUUCUUUAACAUUCAAGAAGAAGAACUAAAUGGAAUUGUUGAUCUGUGGGAGGUUUUAGCUUUCAUGGUAGCUGGAAUAGUCCUUUCUGUUCUGUCUCUAUUUGGGUUUAUAAUGGCGUACAGGAGAUUACAAAGGAAAUCAAAUUCUCAACACAAGAACAGCUUGAAUUUCAAGUAUGAAAUGCUCGAAAAGGCCACCGAUUUCUUCAAUGCCUCAAGAAAACUAGGCCAAGGUGGAGCUGGUUCUGUAUUCAAGGGAACUCUUCCAGAUGGGAGCAAUGUAGCAGUGAAAAGACUAUUCUUCUACACAAAGCAAUGGACGGAUAACUUCAGCAAAAUGGGUUCUCACACUGAUUAUAAUGAAGUGAACCUUAUUAAUGGUAUUCAAUAUAAGAACCUUGUUAGGCUUUUGGGUUGCAGCAUUGAAGGCCCAGUGAGCCUUCUAGUUUAUGAAUAUGUACCCAACAGAAGCCUUGAUCAAAUCCUUUUUUGUAAUGGCAAUGAGCAAGUCCUAAGUUGGCAACAGAGAUUUGACAUCAUUUCUGGCAUUGCUGAGGGGCUUGUGUAUCUCCAUGAAAGUUGCGGCAAGAAAAUAAUUCACAGGGAUAUAAAAUCCAGCAACAUUCUCCUUGAUGAGAUUCUUACUCCAAAGAUUGCUGAUUUCGGACUUGCACGCUGUGGUCCUGAUAAGUCUCAUCUUAGCACAGGAAUUGCAGGCACAUUAGGUUAUAUGGCUCCUGAAUAUCGAGGACAACUAACCGAUAAGGCUAAUGUUAAUGCCUUUGGUGUGCUUGUUCUUGAGAUUGUAUGUGGCGGGAAGAACCAAGUUUUCAUGGAGGGUUCAAGCUCAGUUCUUAAUUUUGUUUACCAGCACUACAUGGCUAAUACUAUUACCAAAUCUGUUGAUGCCAUCUUGAAAGGUGAGUACGCCGAAAGAGAGGCGUCUAAUGUACUUCAGAUUGCUUCCUUUACACUGAGACCAUCCAUGUCUGAAGUAGUUCACAUGCUCAACACUAAAGAAUACAUCAUUCCUUCACCAAAACAGCCUCCAUUCUUGAAUGCCAGCAUACUUAAUUCGGAUUCUUCUACUACAUCGUGCUAA